AUGGUGACAGAUUCCAAACAAGAUCUACCUCAAUAUACCAAGGAUUCAGACUCAGACUCAGACUCUAGCAGUACUUUUAACGUGGGAUCUCCGUCAAUUCCGUCUUCAAAAAGUGCAACCGUGGUUCUCAAUAGUGAAGAAUAUGAGGACGACGAGGUCGAUGACUUGAACGGGCUGGAUGCUGAAUUGAUCAAUAAUAUAUUGUAUACAGGAGAUGAAGAUGAAACUAUGUUUGUGAGACUGAAAGAAAAACAGAAGUUACAUUUGUCUGGUGUUUUUCGUUUACAAGUAGUAAAAGGAGGUAUUAUCUACAACAAUGUACACUAUAAUGCUUCGAGAGAAAUUUUAACCUUCUGGCACCCAUUAUCUCAGUCCAUACCUACCAUAGAUUUUUCGCACUUUGCAGGUUGGCAAGACACUAUUUUUAUGCCGAGAAACAAUAGGUUUAAAAUUGGAGAUGACGAACUCAAAUCAUUCCCAUGUGUUCUUCGCGUUUUCAAUUCUAAUCAUACGGGCCUGUUAGAAGCAGGCCAUUUAUAUCGCGAUGUUAAUUACCUAUGGAAGCCUAAAGAACCUUAUUUUCCAUUAAACGCAGGUGCAACGUAUCAUUUGUUACAUGAGUCAGAUCGAAUUCAAUCUUUAUCGGUGCCAGGAUAUUGGUCAACUCCUCUAGAAAAGUUAUAUUUGAGUCAUAAGAAUGCUGCGUAUGAUACAAGAGUCAUGGUGAUUGGUGGUAAAAACUCUGGUAAGUCUACGUUCUUGAGACUUUUAUUAGAAAAAUUUACGCAAGAUAUACGAGAUUCUACUACGAGCCAGGAAGAAUUAGUAUAUCUGGAUUUAGAUCCUGGUCAGCCUGAAUACUCAUUGCCUGAUUCAGUAUCUCUGAAUAAGAUCCUUUCUAGCCCUAUUACCCUGGGACAACACCUUUGCCAAGGUUCGAAUUUUCAAACCUUAUUACAGUUCUACACUGGCUCCUCUUCUCCGCAAGACGAACCUACGUCAUACCUAAAUUGUGCCGAUAAACUUAUAGACUAUUUGGAAGAACAGGCUUUCUUCGGGACGUCAUUACUUAAUUUACCUGGGUGGAUAAAGGGAUUCGGGAUGCAAAUUUUGAAUCAUAUUAUAAGAAAAUACAAGCCCACUCACAUGUUGUUCCUGGAAACAGCAAACUCAAAAAGACACUUGGAUGAACUAACUAUUCCGCAGAGUUUCUCCACAUCACUACGAGACACAUAUGUACCUGAAGUUGUCCGUGUUCCGGCCCAUAGUCUGAACCACGCCUUAUCUACUAGGUUCCAUGCAUCACAACUUAGAACGUUCAAAAUAUUGGCAUUGUUCCAUAAAAUGACUCAAUUUGAUUAUGAUUUUUCCCCUCUUUUAAAAUCUGCACCUUUGCAAAUUUCAUAUGGUGAAGGUAAAGACGGUAUUCAAGGCAUUCAAUUCCCUAUGGAAUUUCAAAAUCUGAAUCCUCAAGAUAUUAGGUCUGCAUUGGAAGGUACUGUAAUUGCGAUACAUACAUAUUCUGGAGAACGCUUACUGGAGGUAAAAAAUAUGAAUACCUUUCCCAUCUUACAAUCGUUCACUCCUUCUCCUAAGAAUUUCAUAACGCUGGGACUAAUACACUCGAUUGACACGUCCAAGCAAAUAAUGAACAUUUAUGUACCUCCUUGUCAUACUCAACUUUUAGAUAAACAGCCCGAUGAUGUUCAGUGGAUAAUAGUAAGAAAUAAGACAGAAACACCUUUUUGUGAUUUGCUUCCAUCCCCCCGCACAAUAACAUGGGAUGCUAGUAUACAAAUACCGUUUGCAACUUUUGAAAGAAGGAAAAAAUUGGAGCAUGUGUGGAAAGUCCGUAAGAAUGUUUUGAGACGUGGGCAGUUCAUGAAGAGAUAG